GGUACCAUAAUGGCGAAGUGGUGGUGGCGCAGAAGUGGUCAGGACCCAUCAUCCAGGGCCGGGCGCUGGUGCUGCAGAAGGUGGACAGGACGCGAGCUGGCCGCUACACCUGCGCUGCUGAGAACUCCCAGGGCAGAGGUGUCAGUAACCCGGCUGACCUUAACGUUAUGUAUAAACCAGUUUGCGCGGCUCCUCAUCGCCGCACGCAGAGCGUCCAGAAACAGGGCAGUGCGAAAGUCAUCUGCGAGGUGGAAGCUUACCCGCCUCAAGUGAACUUCACUUGGAAGUUUAAUGGCUCGAGUGAAGGAGAAGCGUUGCCGCUGGAGAGCAUUGAGAACCACGGUACAAUAUCAGCGCUUAAUUAUACGACUGCCAUGGAACAAGAUUUCGGGACGCUCCUGUGCUGGGCCACUAAUGCGAUUGGAAGCCAGCGGAAGCCUUGUGUUAUACACCUCGUCCCACAGGCGCGGCCUCCAAAUGUGCCGGCAGCUCCCAUCAACUGCAGCAUCGCUAACCAGAGCAGCGAGGCGAUCUCUGUGGUGUGCGCUCCGGCAGAGGAGAUGUCGACAGAGGAGAUCACGUACAUCAUGGAAGCCUGGGUGCAGAACAGGCUUAUCCAGAACACCUCCAACUCACGGCCAGAGUGGUGGGUGGGCGGCCUCCAGAGCGGCACGGGCGUCCGCCUCUCCAUCAGGAGCGUGGCGUCGUCCGGUGCCAGUCUGCCCGUCACGCUCGAGGCUGACAUCAUGAAAGUCGCUGAAAAACGAAUGGGUCCACCUGAGGAGAUAUCAAUGCCGCCUGUGAUUGGCGCGGUGAUUGGCGGAGUUGGUGUUGUGGUGCUUCUAUUGGCGCUCGGAUUACUCUUGGCGAGAUACGCACCGAAAUGUUGCGCGUCUAGAGCAGACACAGAUCGCAUCCCAAACACGCCUCCUCCGCAUCCAAGAGCGGGAAAAGAUAUUGCAUUAACUUCACUAAAAUGCGCUGCUGAAAACAAUGAAAACAUUAAAAUAUCCAAAGCUAGAGGCAAUUUUGUGUCGAGUUCAUCGCUGGAAGAGGAAGGCAGUCUCAUGCGAGCUUGUCCAUCCGUUGAGUCGAAGGCCAGUGAAGUCUCGGGUGCUUCGUCUGUCUCGCGAGACGAGGGCCGAGGCUUGCAGCGAUCUUCGGGGCAGACUGAAGAGACCAAGCAAUUUGCGGCCGCUGAGGCAGACGGCCUGCACAAUAACCCAGACCUCGUGCUGGGCACUGAUUCGUCAGUCGGAGUCCGGCAUUCGUCCUUCCCUCACCACAACCAACCGUCGGCCGCAGACCGCCAGACCGCCUUUGGAGGGCAGCAGAUGGACUGUGGCGUGGGCCGAACGAUGUUCCAAUCGCCGCUGCAGGCGCCUUCGUCAAUGGCAGCUAACGUCUCCCAGGACCAACUCUUGCAUCAGGCGCACCACACCACACAGCCUCAUCACCAACAUGUGCUGUUUCUGAAGCAUCAGCAAAUUUCCACUCAGCAUCAUGGACCCCAAACGGGGUCAUUUUUAUUGUUAAAUAAAUCGCAUGACGGUCGAGCCGAUGAUCGGAUAAUUAUGACUUCAAACAAUGGAAACCAAAUGAUGACCAACGAAAAGCAAAACAUUAAUCAGCAAAGGAAAUUUCCAUCUCACGCCAUGGCUUUUGGUCCUAACCAGUAUCGGCAGAAUUCUCAGCCUAAAUUUCUUCAUGAUAAUUGCAGCGACGAUUUUUCCUGCCCAAGUGGAUCUUACUCAGUGUCAGCAAGUUUGCGUCAGCAGCCACAGCAACAUCCAGAUAGAUUAGGGUCUACAUCAUCCUCUUCCCUCCACGAUAUCUCGUGUCUUCACCAGCAGCUUCCUCCUAUGCUUCCAUCGUGCAUCUCGCCUCCCGUUGGCCUCAAGUACCGAGGUUUUCCUGCAGGAUCUGAGCGUAGCAGCGGAGGAACCGUUAGCUCUGUGCCCACUUCCUCCACUGAUGGCAGAGGUAAUCCCAAGGCCUCCAUAACGAGCCUCAGCAAAUCUUCUGCCCCUGUAACUCACUACGCAACCUUGGGCAGGAAGCCCAUCCUCAAGAACCCAAUGAUAACUCCUUUGGCCGUAAGAACAGGGGUAGGUGAUUUCCUUUCUGGCAAACAUCAAGAGAGCGCCGUUUAGCCUAAUUUCACCUUUUCUACAUGAUGUGUCAAAUAUUACCUAAUGAAUUCGGACAAUCUAGAAUAAAUGUGCAGUUUCCCAUUUGAUGUGUACCCCAAUCUGGUAUUUUUUAAUAGUUAUGUAUCCGAGGACACAGUAGUUGAGAAUAAAUAAACAUGUCAUUUAUAUCAAAUGAAUGGAGUGAAGUAGCAACAUUAGAAACAGACGCACUGUACACUUGGGUAAUUAAACCGAAAAAUUAAGAAACUACCCUCAUCUCACCGAGUUAGGGUAAACCAAACUCAACAAAAGAUAUCAUACAUUUUUUCAAUGGAACGUGGCUGUUAUCGUGAUUUACAAUUCUUAAUCCUCCUGUUCAUAAAAAGAAUGUGUAAAAAACAAUUUUUUAAUCAUUGAUUUAUUUACUUGAAAGAAAAUUUGAACCUUAUGUGAAACAAAUUUAACGUUGCUCCCUUCUUUAUAAUUGAAUUUAUUUUUCCUAAAACUUUUCCCAUUGAAAUUUAAACAA